AUGGACACUCCUCAGCCCGAAGCCUCAACUUCUCUGGAAACAAUGCAUGUCAACGUCAACUCAGGAGAGGCCUCUUCAAGCUCUAUAUCUACUCUCCGUCUUGAUUCCGUAACGCUUAUUCGACAUCGACAUCGAUACCGGCACCGUUGGAUUCCAUCGCAGCAAUAUAGGCUGAGAAACAGCCUCCUUGCAGCGGUCGGAUACCUCGAGCUUGCCAACGCGGGAGACUUUCCGGCAAACGUCUGGAAUGAAGUUCCUGUUCCCCUAUAUGCGGCCAUACUAAUGGGAUUCGGCGGCACACUCGCUCUCAUCAUGUCAUAUUUUGCCUUCAAAGAUGCUCGUCUGAGUUGGCGAAAUCUCUGCCUUCUUCGCGAGGAGCGAUACAAUUUGAUUGUUCAGCAAGGGGCAGCAGAUCCUGAGAAAUGUCACGAGAACGGCUGCGUGGACGUAAAGAGCAUCCACAGCCAACUAGAGAUUAAUCUAAGAGAGAUGGGAACGGAGAUCGUCGAUCGCGUUGGAAUGGAUAUUCUACUGGGGUGGGGAGCCAUCAUGGUCGGAAUCGGUACUCUCAUGGCAAUCGGUGGUGCUAAUCGCAAGGUCUGGUUCGCUAGUAACCUCUUGUCCGGGUAUAUUGGCAACUCCCCUGCCGCGAUAUACGGGUUGGUCAAUAUGCUCUGGUCCACGUAUAUUUGGACCCGAGCUGACCGCCACGGGAUCGCGGCAAAGAAGGAACUGGACAUCGACACCGUCGAACGGUAUCUCACACCGCGUCUUCGACACAUUAAACUACAUGCUUUUGUCAAUGGUAUUACAGGAAUGGUUGCUGGUAUGGCAUCCCUCGUGACAGCGACUCGAUGGUGGGGUUACGUUGUUCUGGUACCGUGUAUUAUCUCCUCGGUAUGGUGCAAUUAUUUCUGGCGGAGAGCCAUUGGCUACGAGCGGCCUUUCCUGCAGCAUCAGAUGAGACUAUCGAAAUCAUCCUUACUCUGUGCUCUACAGGCUUGUUCUUCCACGCGGCAGGCCCUUGAGGAAGUAAAGUCGUCGACAUCAGGUCGCUCAACAGCAGAAACAGCGUCAACCGCUCUUUGCAAACUAAUCUCGGAUCCUACAUCCCUCGCUCAAGUCCUGGAAUUUAUUGUGGACAACGAUCUUCUCGAAGACUUCUGUAUAAGGAUGCUGCAGAACGAACAACUAGCUACAGAGCUCUUCCAACUGGCCGAUGCCGAGGCCGUGACCAUCUCUGCUGAGCAGCUGCUAAAGGCCGAUUCCCGGUAUACGUCGCAGGUCCUGGAGAUUGCGACACAAUGCGUCGUGGACCUUGGCCAGCAACAUUUUCUGUAUCGAGAGCGGUUCUUGAUAGAAACACUGGGUGUUAUUUGUGUAGAGAAAAAUUAA